AUGCGUAGUAAAAAGUUAAAGAAACAUGACGAGGCGGUCGAUGGCAUGGUUGGCGGGAAGAACGGCAAUAAAAAGGAGAAAGAAAAGAGGUCACAGAAAAAGAAAGAUUCAGGUAAAUUUUUGAUAAAGCAAAAUUUUGAUAUAAAUGACCUAAAGUCCGACAAAAAAAUAUUAAAAGCUGUACAUGAACAAUUAAAGAGGUAUCAGUUAAUAUCCGAUUCAAGUCAAACUAGUGGUUUCAUUUCGGGAGAUUCCGAUAGUGAAAGUUCUGUUUUAUCAAAAAAGAAACGGAAAACUCGCAGUAAAAAACACAAACAAAGUCAAAGAUUUCGGAAAGUUCUCUUUCAGAUAGCAAAAAUUCAAGUUCCGAAUCGGCAGUUAUACAAGGAGCAUAAACAAGAAAUACAAAAAGAACAAGAGAAAGUCGGGAUUAGUGGUAUCAUCUAG